UGACCGCGGUUUACGAAGUCGCUUAGGACAUUGGACUCCAACAUCUGGAAUGUAUACCUGUGGGGUUCUAGAUUUGAUCUCGACUACGGUGCGAUGAGAGAAAAUUAUUGAGCACUUGAAGGACGUUUGAGUAACUGAUUAAUAAGACAUAAUUGGUCUACACUCGCAUUCAAAAUUCAGGACCCAUGUGAAGUUUGGAGAGGAUGAGGAGUGGUUGGGAGAAGCAUGAGCUGUAUUGGUGUUCGAGGGCCGUCUGCGGUGCUCCUGUGGGAGGGGGUGCUAGCUCUCAUUCUGUGCUGCUGCUGUUGGACGGUGGCUUCUGAAGGUCCUAAUGAUGGCUCUUCUGGGCCCCUGGGGUGGCUGCUGUCUGACAAAGGCCCCUUCCAUCACUCCCUGGAGUUCACUGAGACAGUGGAGAGACACCGACAAGGGUUUACCACCAGAUACAAGAUCUACAGGGAGUUUGGCCGAUGGAAGGUCAACAGUCUGGCGGUGGAGAAGCGUGACUGGAGCAUGUUGGCUCCACCCCUUGACCCCGAGUUCAUGCACACCAUUCGUCAGCUGGGGAGAAGGCCCACCCUCCGGAGGAUCACAGACAGCAUCAUCAAGAAGUACGGGACGCAUCUCCUCCUUUCAGCCACUCUGGGAGGGGAGGAGUCCUUGACCAUAUUUGUGGACAAGAGGAAGUUGAGUCGAGGCCAGGAAGUCGUCUCUGGGGUUGAGGCUGGACCCGGGCUCCGACCCGGGAGCAGCAGAGCCAACAGCACGGGGGCAGUGACCUUGGAGGCGCUCCACCAGCUGGCUGCGUCUUACUUCACCGAACGGGAGAGCACCCUGCGCAGGCUGCACCACCUCCAGAUCGCCUCCACUGCUAUACGGGUGUCUGAAACCCGAACGGGACCCCUUGGAUGCAGUAACUAUGACAACCUUGACUCUGUCAGCUCGGUGCUGGUUCACAGUCCGGAAAACAAGAUUCAGCUACAAGGGCUCCAGGUCAUCCUGCCAGGCUACCUGCGCGGGCGCUUCGUCCAGGCCGCCCUCAGCUACAUCGGCUGCAACUCGGAGGGCCGGUUUGUGUGCCGGGCCAGUGACUGCUGGUGCCAGUGCAGCCCAGGUUUCCCCCAGUGUAACUGCCCUCGGACUGACCUGCAGGCCCUGCAGAUCAACAUGCAGCGCAUGCAGGAGGCCUGGACUCUGGCCAACCUCGAGUUUGAAGAGUCAGUGGAGUUCCAGAGCUUUGUUGGUAGGCUGCCAACCCAUUACGCUGUGAACACAUCUGUCGUGGAGCACUUGUGGAGGAUGGAUGCCGGUCUGCUCCAGCGCUACCGUCACCUGGAGACCAGUAGCAGCCAGCUCCUCGCCAAGGCAAGGCGCGCCGCUAACAAGCUCUUCAGCCUGAGCAAGAGAUGCAGAACGCAGCCCAUAAUAGGCCUGCAGAGAGAGAGACCACUCCGCUACUGGCUGAGCUACAUACUGUCCAUCUUGUACUGCAGUGAAAACAACCACAUAGGUGUAUACAGUGAGGAGACCCGGAGCUGCUCCUGCCCCUACCACCACCCCCCCUGCCAGGGGCCCAUCCCCUGCACUGUGGGAGAGGGCCUUCGCUGUGCCUCCUGCUCCACAGAGAACCGCACACGCUGCUCCAGCUGUAACCCAGGCUUCGCCCUGGGUCAGGGGGCCUGCCGGCCCGCUGUGCCCGACCCCACGGACCCCUACCUGGGCUUGGAGAGCGACCGGGACCUGCAAGACCUGGAGCUCCGCUACCUGCUCCAGCACCGCGACCCCCGCAUCGCCCUGCACGCCGUCUUCGUCAGCAACGACGUGCGGCUCAACGCCUGGUUCGACCCCUCCUGGAGGAAGAGGAUGCUGCUGACGCUGAAGAGCAACCGCGUCCGAUCCAACCGCGUGCACAUGCUGCUGGGCGUGUCCCUGCAGGUGUGCCUGACCAAGAACAGCACCCUGGAACCAGCGCUCUCUGUGUUUGUCAACCCGUUCGGAGGCAGUCACUCAGAGAGCUGGACCAUGCCCAUAGGCCAACACGGCUACCCCGACUGGGAGAGGACCAAGCUGGAGAUCCCCCUGGAAUGCACCAACUGGACCUUGACUCUUGGAAAUCGAUGGAAGAGCUUUUUCGAGACUGUGCAUUUCUACCUGCGGGGGAGCCGGGUCAGGGAUUCCGGGGGGGCUUUGGGAGGUGAGCACAGGAACACAACGGUGUUGGUCGAGAACCCCGAGGUCACCGAGCCUUCCCAGGAUAUGGGCUACAUGAAGAUCAGCAGCAUGCAGCUGUUUGGAUACAGCAUGCACUUUGACCCGGACGCCAUCCAAGACCUGAUCCUGCAACUGGACUACCCGUACACUCAGGGAUCCCAGGACUCGGCCCUGCUGCAGUUGGUAGAGAUCCGCUACAGGGUCAACCGCCUCUCUCCUCCAGGGGCUCAGCCCUUGGACCUGUUCUCCUGUCUGCUGCGACACAGACUCAAACUGUCCAGUUCGGAGGUGACCAGGAUACUAGCUGCCCUGCAAGCUUUCAUUGCCAGUCAACCUAACUCCGUGGAGUACGAGGCCACCAAACUAUGUAGUUAG